AUGCAAGCCACAUAUGCAACGAAGUCAUCCGUAUUCAGCAGACUGUUGGUAGAGGACUACCCUAAAAGAGCUAAUCAUUAUGGUAUGGAGCUAGUGCUAAAUCAAAUCAAGGAAAAAUACUACUUUUCCAAAAUGAGAGCUACUGUAAAGGAUGUCUUUCGCAAAUGUCAAGUGUGCCGAGUCAAUAGGGCACUACCAAAGGAAAUGGGAAACCUUCCUGAAUAUCGUCUAGAAGCGGGUCUACCAGUUUUCGCGUUCACAGGCAUGGACUAUUUCGGUCCCAUCACGGUCACGGUAAACCGGCAUCACGAAAAACGAUACGGAGUUAUUUUCACGUGCCUAAACUCUCGUGCUGUACACAUCGAAGUUGCAGGAAGUCUUACAACUGACGCUGCAAUCAUGGCUGUAAGGAGGUUUAUUUCAAGGCGACCAAAACCAAGGAUGAUUAUCAGCGAUAACGGUACCAACCUACGCGGAGCGGCUGUUGAGUUGAAGCAAAGCUUGGCAGAUUUGGAUUCAGAAAAUAUUGCAAAUUGCUUAUCGGCUCACUCUAUUGACUGGAAGUUUAUCCCUCCAGCGAGUCCACACUAUGGAGGAGCGUGGGAGCGUGUUGUAAGAAGUGUAAAAAUAGCAUUAAAUGCAGUGCUCAAAGAAAAAUUUCCUAAGGAGGAGACGCUGUAUACUUUGUUGGUGGAAGUGGAGCAUUUAGUCAACAACCGUCCAUUGACUUAUGUAUCGACUGAUCCUGAGGACUCCCGAAGUAUUACACCAAAUGACCUACUAUUGGGAAUUCAUCAAUCAACAAAUGGUGCUCCACGUGUGUUUUACGAUAGUUACGAAAUUUUGAGGAAGCAAUGGCGGUACGCGCAACUGCUGUUUGAUCGUUUUUGGAGUCGCUGGGUCCGGGAAUAUUUGUCAACGCUGCAGUCUCGAACUAAGUGGAAAGCAGCAGUCGACAACGUGAAAGUUGGAGACUUGGUGAAGAUAACUGAACCGAAGGUUUCUCGAGGAGAAUGGCCAUUAGGACGUGUUGUAAAGGUGUACACUGGAGAGGAUGAACUUGUCCGCUAUGCUGAUGUUCGUACUCAGAAUUCAACACUGCGUCGACCAGUAACUAAGCUAGCAAUUAUUGAGGGUUUAGAUUAG